UUGCUCCCCGCCAACAUGGCCUCACGUCGCCCCCCCUCGCGUGCCAAGCCUACAGCGGCGCCACAACCUCCGCCGCGGUCCAAGUCAGUCCUUGGGAAAUCGGCAUCGACUGAAGCAGAGACAAACAUUCAAGUCGUUGUCCGUUGUCGACGCCGCUCGGAACGCGAAAUCAUAGAAAACUCGCCCAUCAUCGUGUCUUCAAAUGGGGCCAAGAGCAAGGAAAUAACGAUCGAAACUGCCCCGCCCUCCACAGGUUUGGGUGUGGUCACUCUCCCACCCGUUCGCACAUAUCCGUUCGACCUCGUCUUUGGACCAGAGGCGGAUCAAGCCAUGAUCUACCAUGAGGUGGUUGCACCGAUGUUAGAAGAGGUCGUCACCGGUUACAACUGUACUCUCUUUGCGUAUGGGCAAACAGGGACGGGAAAGACGCAUACCAUGCAGGGCGACCUGGUGCCCACACCACUUGGAAAUCCGUCCGCCAAUGCUGGGAUGAUACCCCGUGUACUUUUCCGUCUGUUUCACCAGCUCGAAUCCUCUGGAUCAGAUUUCAGCGUCAAGAUUUCUUACGUUGAGUUGUACAACGAGGAGCUGCGCGACCUUCUUGCCACCGAACUUUCUGCGCCAUCCGGCAGCGUUCAGCCGAUGGGUCACGGCAAGGAUCAGAAGGGCUCUGAGGCUCUCAAGAUAUUCGACGACGCGUCGAAGAAUGGGGUCCUCAUACAAGGUCUGGAAGAAGUCGGAGUGAAAGACUCCGCAGACGCACUGGCGCUCUUAGUCAAAGGAAGCGAACGGCGGCAAAUUGCGGCUACUCGCUUCAAUGAUCACUCAUCCCGGUCGCAUUCCGUGUUUUCGAUCACAGUGCACACGAAGGAAACGGGUCUUGUUGGCGAGGACCUGUUGAGAACAGGCAAACUGAACUUGGUCGAUUUGGCCGGGUCAGAGAAUAUUGGCCGGUCGGGCGCAGAAAAUAAACGGGCUCGGGAAGCUGGGAUGAUCAACCAAAGCCUGUUGACUCUCGGGCGGGUUAUCAACGCUCUAGUGGACAGAUCUUCUCAUGUCCCUUACCGAGAAUCUAAACUCACCCGACUGCUUCAAGACUCCCUCGGUGGCCGAACCAAGACGUGCAUCGUUGCGACUGUUUCCCCUUCCCGUUCAAAUAUGGAAGAAACGCUGUCUACGCUGGAUUAUGCUCUGCGGGCCAAAUCAAUUCGCAAUAAACCAGAGCUAAAUCAGCGAAUGACCCGUAAUUCCCUGCUGAAGGAAUACGUUGCAGAGAUCGAGCGUCUGAAGGCAGACGUAUUGGCUGCUCGAGAGAAGAAUGGCAUCAUCCUCAGCGAAGAGUCGUGGGCGCAGUUGACUGCAGAACAAGAGAUGCGGCAGACGGAGCUGGAUGAGGUCAAGAAGCAGGUGGAAAUCGUCGAGGGCCAGAUGCGGGCGGUUCGGGAAGAAUUCGAGCAGAGCAUUGGCUUGCUGAAACUGCGCGAAGGCGAGCUGAAGGACACUCGGGAACGCUUGCAGGAAACUGAGACUGUGCUCGAGGAGAGAACGGGCGAACUUCAACGAACUCAGGUCGCAUUGGAGGAGGAAACGGUCGUUCGGCAAGCGCACCAAGAGACUGAAGUUCGGCUCGAUGGAAUUGCCACAGGGUUGCGUACGGUUGUGCACGACAGCGUCAAUGACGUUCAGGGUCUAUUUGACAAACUGGAACGUAAAUCUGCCGUCCUCAACACCAAUUCGCACGCAAUUUUGACACACGGCAAAGUCAUUUCCUCUUCUAUUAUCACCAUGUCUCGCAAGCUCGAGGAUUUCGUCAAGAUUUCUUCCAAGAGCACAGCCAAGCUCCGCAGCGAUGCGAAGCAGUUCGAGUCCAAAGAGCUCGAUGCACUAGCAGGGUACUCUGAUCGUGUUUCCGAGCAGCUCAAAAGGAUUCAAUCUACACUGUCGAUUAUUCAGACCAGUGAUAAGACCGAGAGCGACGCAAUCUUGAUGCUUCAGACGUCGCUGAACGAGACAACAGAGGCCUUGCGUUCUGGAGCCGUGACCUGGGGCGCCGGCCUCAAACAGACCUGCGAAGCAGCCUCUAGCAGCGCAAGCAAGAGAUGCGGCGAAACCUUCGCCAGCUCAGAGAAGGCACUCAGGACGAUGGGGAACUUGGUCGAGAGCAUGGUGCAGGAGAUGGGAAGUUACAUCGAAGCCGAACGGGAGGCCGUCGUUGAAGCUAAGAUGAUCUCCGCUGGAGCAGCCACAGCUGAGAUUACGCGUCUGCGAAGUCAAAAUGCGAUGUUGACCCGGCUCUUGGACGAGGAACGACUGCGCGGCGAGAAGGCCAAAGACGACUUGCUGCAACGGGUGUCCGGUCUGCUUGGAGAUUUCACGAAAGAGCGCGACCGGGGCCUUCGGGAAGCUGUCGGUGCCGUCCAGGCUGAAAAUGCGAAAGCAGAGGAGGGAAUGCUCAGUUUCAAGCGCAAGCACGAGGAGAUGGCUAAUGCGAUGGAGGGCAGAGGGGACGAUGUUGCCAAGAAGGCCGAGAAGUGGGUCGUCGAUGGCAGCAGGAUCAAGGAUGCCGCUCUCAAGACACUGGAUGCUUCCAAGGCGAAGCUCAAUACCGAGCUGAGUUCCUGGCAGUCGGACAUGUCGGUGUCUCUAGAUUCGUACUCGAAAGAAGUCCUGAGUAAGUUGCAAGCCAUGAACGAAGGGUGUGAAAUCGCGUUUGACAACGAAAGACGAGCGAAACGUGCAAGAACAGAUGCCACAACAUCCUGGGGUGCUGAAGUCCAGAGUGACUUCAAGUACUUGCAGCGCGGUCUCGGAUCCACGGCCCGGAAUAUCCAAGGAAUUGGCUCCCGUGUUGAAUCUGAAGGUGCCCACUUGUCGAGCACGACAGAAACGUAUCACAGCGUUUCGAAGGCCGAACUUGUCGUGGCCAGAGACGCAACCAAGUCUCUUGCGGAAGAGGGAACAAAGCCUGACCUCGCAAGCGGCACUACACCGAAGAAACGCGUCUUCCAAUUUAUCGACCAUUGGGAGCUGACCCGAAAUCGAGACCAAGUCUUGCAAGGCUGGCGGUCCCUGCACAGUGGAGUCAGCGACCAGCCCGAGGAUCCCACUUCCAUUCCCGAAAUUUCGUCCCCCAUCGCCGAAUCCAGAGCUUCGAGCGAAUCCCCCAUCCCUACGUCUUUGGCCUCCUCAGCCGGUUCUUCUGUUGCACCGCCACCGAAACCACAAAUUCCGGUGCCGAAGAAGGUCAGAUCCGCCGCACCCCCUGCGCCUCUUGUCGAUGCUCGCAAUUUUCCCCUCUCAAUGAGCUUCAAAGCCGUUGUGUUCCUGGCCAUGGUGCUGGCUGUGGGCUUCUUGAUGAUUAUUCUCUCCCACCCUUGGAGCUUGACCUUCGUGCUUGCACCACUACCCAACGCCCUAUUCUCACAUUGCGGCUCUGACGAGUUUGGCGGAAACUACGAUGGCGGAAACUCGGGGCCAGUUGAUCUGGGACGCUUCAUCACUGCGGUCAUCGUCACCUCAGGCAUCGCGCUCCCCGUCGUUCUUGCCCACGCAGAGGUCAUCCGCACGCCUGCUUGCAUCAUGUCUGUCAUCGGUGGAGGGCCGAUGGUCUACGAAGAGGCGGAUCCUGCUGCUUCGUCCCACAGUCAAUCGACCUGUCCAGACUAUCAUCCCUAUUCGCUGCAUGAAUUCGAGCCCGGACCGUCGCGGCCGUUCCGGCUGCAGUGGAAAUUGGACAGAGAGCAGACUGACAGAUUCCACCACGAGUUUUGGCUUGAGAGCAACACGCGUUUCGAGCAAGGCAAGCGGGAGGCGCUGGAACAACUUCCCGCGUCUGCGUCUGCAAUAGAGAAGGAACGCGCGCUCUCCGAAUUUUACCGAGUCUGGCAUGAACGCGAGCAUCUCCGAACAGACGCGUACACGAAAGAAUGGCGGGAUCGAAACAAAACUUCGGUGACACUCGCCACGCGAGUCGCCUGGCAUACCUUGGUGACCCGGAUCCUCGGUCUCCUUCCAUUUGAGACUUCGAAGACAAACAAGGGACGGGCGUGAACCUCAUCAUAAUACACCGUUUG